GGAAAGGAAGAGGGCGCAUCGCCCGAGCGACCGCAGAGCAUCCGCAUUUGAGAGCCGGCGAAGGAGGGGUUCCUAUGAAGGGGCCAAAUGCCCCCCCAAGUAAAUAACACCUCUCAAGUCCAGCUUUCGUCCUCCUCUCGCUUUCACGAGCGAGAGAAGUGGGCGGAUGCUUCCCGUGAUUGACGGGAGGCUGGGCCAACCAGCCAGCCAGCUGACGACUACCUGUUGGAACGUGCAGGUUUGUCUCGGGCGCUCGCCCCGAUUCUCCCAACGCGGAAGCCUCUUGCCGGAACAGAAGGGCCCCCGCGGGGAGGGGCCAAGCCCGGGGCCCGACUAUGGAGCCCGUCUCUCUCUGGAGCCCCCAGACGGUGGUGGCUUGGAUCCGAGGUUUGGAUCCAGUAUUACAAGGCUACCCAAUUGAGACGUGGGGGCUGACUGGGAAGGGACUGCUCCGGUUAUCCUAUCGGGAUUUGGAGAAUCUGGGGGUGAGCUGCAUUGGCCAUCAGGAGCUCCUUCUGGAAGCUGUAGAGCAGCUUUGUGUUUUGAACUAUGAGCUGACAACUUCCAACCUGAGAGCACUCACAGAGAAGCUGCAAGGGGUCAUUCGGACGAUUGAGGUCUGCAUUCUGAGUCGCAGGAAAGUCAGCACCUAUGAUGGAGCUGCUACCGAAAAGUCCAGCUUAGAUCUACUGGCUUCUGUGGUGGAGUUGAUCAGCGCAGCCAAAGGCCUCUUUCUAUGGCUCAACAGGUAUCUCUUCUCCCACCUACAUGAUUAUUCAGCCAGCCGAGACAUCAUCUGGCUUUGUGGUGAUCUGGCAGAGAUUGUGCAGAAGGACUGCACUGUGUCUGAAAGAGAGGACCGGAUUUUGCUGAUUGGAAGACACAUCUCUGGAAUCUGUGAGCAUAUCUUGCGUCACAGCCCAGCUAACCUCCUGGAUCAAACAGCCAUCUUGGAGACAGUGGAACUUGAACCUGCAGGUCCAGAAGAUAGUUUGGGCCUAGAGAUUAAGUCCUUGCCCUCCUGUCUCCAUUUGAUAUCAGGGACUGCCCGAGAGGGUCCAGUUGAGCAUUGCAGCAGGGUCUUCCCAGGAGAUGAAAUAGUCCAAGUCAAUGACCAGGUGGUGUUGAUUGUGCAGGUGGGAUGGACCCGGAUGAAUCUUGUGAAAAAGCUUCUGGAAUCAUCAAGUCAAGUGACCCUGGUGCUGAAGAAAAUCCCACUGGUUUCUUCAGAGUCUCCCAGUUCCCCAGGAUCUCCUCCUCACCAGCGAGAGCCAGAUGCUUUCUUGGAAGCCCUGAGCUCAAGAAGUGAUGACUCUUCAACCAGCUCUGUGUCACCAACGUCCAGCAUGACUGCUGAAUUUGAUGGAACCCAGAAUUCUGUGCUCGAUCUUCCUACCACUCAGGAGGAGCAGAAAGGAAUUGAUUGCAGGCAUCCUGUGGGUAAUACCUGUGGCCUGGAGGAGGUCUUUUCUGGAGCAGAGGCAUUUGUUGACCCUGCCCUGGAAAGGCAGGAUUUUGGGGCAGAUGCCAUGGGACAUAAAUCUCCAGAUCCUGCCGUCUCUUCCAAUCCCAGGAAGCAGGAGCAUCAACUGGAAGACUCUGCAAGGCCCGAGAACGGAUUUGUCAGAGGACAACUGCCAUCAGCAGUUUCCAAAGAGGGCAGCACUGAAAUCCGACAGAAGCAAAAAGGAGUCACUACCCGACUAAGUCGACGACGCAUCUCCUGCCAGGAACUGGGACAGGUGGACUGUGACAGUUGGCUCUUAAAAAAGAAAGACCACGUGGGCUUCAUGGCCCAGAAAUGGAAACGGUUUUGGUUUGUGUUGAAGGGACACAACCUUUACUGGUACAGCAACCCCAACGAUGACAAGGCUGUGGGAUUGAUCAACGUGUCUGCCUACAGACUGGAGAGCACCAAGGAACAGAAAAAGAAAUAUGUUUUCCAGCUCACACAUGAGAAGUACAAGCCCUUCAUCUUUGCAGCAGAAACCCUGGCUGACCUGAGCAUGUGGGUCAGCCAUUUGAUCAUGUCUAUGACAAACUAUACAGUGUCCCGUAAAUCUGUGCCACCUAACCAAGAAGAUUGCUACAGUGAAACAGAAGGAGAGGAUCCUGAGGAGGACUCUCCUCGGCAGAGCUUUGAUCAGCCAAAGCAGAAGGAAUUGGAGAAAGCUCCAUUGCCAGCAGGGGCUGCAGGGAAUAGCCCAAACCCCCUGGGCAGCCCACUUGUCCAGAACACCGUAGAUGAGAAAACAGCAUCUCCCUCUUCUCCAGAUCCAGCAGGAGAAGAACUCGAGUCGCUGAUCAAGUGUCUGAAACAAGGGGGAGUAUCACUUAUUGGGAAACAGCAGGUGUUCACCCGUGAAUAUUACCGGAAAUCCUUUGUCAAACGUAAUAAGAACCCAGAGAUCAACGAGAAAGUACAUCUGAUUCGGACCCUUCAAAGCACACUCAAGGCUAAAACUGCUGAGCUCCAAUUACUUGACAUUCUACUCGAGGACACUGAACUGACCUCUGAAAAAUUCAGGAGCUGGAAAGAACAACAUCAGGAGUUAUACCAAGAAAUACAGAUGUGGUGGGCUAAAAAGCUGAGCCAAGACAAUGAUGCAAUAGACUCAAGGUUCGACCUCAACUUGGAGGCAGCUGCAGCUCCGUAACAUCUGUCUGUAGGACCUCUGCUUUAAGGGCUAAAAAGUUCUUCCCCCAGCUUCACUUACACAGCAUCAGACAGAGGUGCGGUUUUGUCAUUUCUGAACUCUGGAUCUUUAGGUGGCAUUGGGAUUACAUUUGGGGCUGCCCCAAAGUUUUGUCCAGACAGCAACACUGGCUCCAGAUAGUUCUCUCAUUUUGGAGAGAUGGAUUACAAAAAUGGUUGCAACUGAGAAAGGCAGUUUCUGAGAAAGGUAGUUGGCUUUUUAGGUAACACUGGAGAUUUCCUGACUAUGCAAAGUGGAAGACCAGCGAAGCAGGAGAUGGCUUUUGGGGGCUAAACAUCUGGGAAAGAGCUGGCAUUGACUAGCACAGACUUUGUGCCCGUCAGAUUUCUUCAAAACAAGCCAUUUCCUCCAACAUGUUUCAAGUUGAAACCUUCUCUUGGGUAUACUUAGCAACUGAGAGACAUCACAGUAAACCACAGUUUGUGGUUUUCAGUCACGAUAGUUUAUAUUGAAAACCAGCUUGCACUAGAAGCAGGGUACUGUAAACAUGUAAGAAAUGAGUUAUAUAAAUAAAUGUUAAAAUAUGUUUCUAAAGAUAGGUCAAACAGAUGAUUUUUCCCUUAUUUUCAUUUUCAAAAUAGUAUUCAGCCAUCCAGCUGCAAUACAACAGAAUGAUUAGCAAGACGAAAAUGGUAUGUUAGCCCAGACAGAAUUGUUAACUUUUAAAAACAUUCACAUUUUUAUUUUUUAAAAUCCUUGCAAUUGUUGAAAAUGCUGAGCCCUCCAGGGGUUAACUCUUGUUUUUUUCUUACAAAUUGUACUACUACAAACUGUUUUUCCCCUAAAUGUACCAAUAUAUCCCAUUCACUUGGCUGUUUCGGUUGCAAACCUGCUGCCGCGGAACGGCUGGAUCUGCUUUUAAAGGAAGCUAAUUCUUUUUCUCUUUCCACACCCCACCAUUUUUUUUUUUUUUAAGGAAACCUGAUCGAUCUCUUCUGGGCCUGUUUUGCCUUCUCCUCCUUAACCUAUCCAUAAAAUGUAGAAGAGAAAAGAGCCGGUACUGAAAUUUUCUCUCUAUAUAUCUUGUGUGGUGCGUUGUGCAUCGCAUUCUCGAGUGCGUUGAGCGCUUUGCUCUCAAAAGUAAUUUCUUUAAUUUGGGGCAUCCCAUAAAUGUGCACUAUUCUUCUCUUUGGAUUCUGAGCCAUCACACCGAAUAUAGCAGCAAAGUUCCUGUGAAGCUCAAUUUUGCCAUGACCUCCCCAAUUAGCUUUGGUCAAUGAUCAUUUGCAGUCAAGCUGAGUUGCUUAAGCUCUGGAAGUCCCUUUCAUGCUUUAUUUCUGUACUAGAAUGCCUGGUUUGUUUCCCUUCCAAAUGAGAUAUGGCUGACUUGAGUUUACAUACACACCAUCAAAAAGAGACCAUUGCAAGGUUUAUUUGCAGGUUAAUAUGAAUUUGUGUAAAUUGGAUAAAGUGUAUAUUGUAAAUGGAAAUGCAAGGCAUUCACUAGAGCAGGGGAAACUUUGAUCAGGCGACCUGCAUGCUAAGUGUUUGGCUUGCAUCUACUGUAUAUGCUUUAAAUCAGUGUUUUUCAAACUUGGCAACUUUAAGAUGUGUGGACUUCA